UUCAUAUAUACAAUCUCAUAUUUAUGCGAGUUUCAUGUUCUUCCAGAAAGAGAGUUUAACUUGAGAUUAUAGGUUUUCUCUUCCGGAACCUUCCAGAACGUAUCGCUGUUGCCGCACGGGCCACAGUUGUUCCCAGACAUGGCAACUUGCACGCGGACAGUGUGGAAAGUUUUAGCAGGAUGUCAGCGGCAGCUGCUCAGUGCUGGUGGUCCGUCCUUCAUCAACGUCCCACAAACACAGAGGAAUCUCCCUGUCAGGACGUUUGCAGUUGCCAGGACUUUCCAAAAGAAAGACAAGAAAAAAGAGGAGGAAGAGAAGAGCAAAGAGAAGAAGGUGAAGAAAGAGAAGGUUGUCCUGGACGACAGUCAGAGACAUAAACCGUAUGGAAAGACGGCGUGGGCGCCUGUGGACGACGUUUACGUCCGUAGGUUUUACCCCAGGACCACGUACGACGCAGCGGACGCCAUCGACCUGCUGAAGAACUUCCAGGUUCUGGACUUCACUCCUCCCACGCAGCCCGUUUACAUCGACCUGAAGCUCAACAUGAAGCUGGAGAAAAAGAAAAGAGUGGACCAGUUCACCAGCACCAUUCUUUUACCGUUCCCCUUCACCACAGAGACGAGCAGAGUUGUGCUCUUCACUGAGGAUGAAAAUCAGGUGAAAGUGGCGAAGGAGAACGGAGCUGAUGUAGUAGGAGGAGUGGAGCUCAUUCAGCAGAUCUUAGACGAUGAGAUUUCAGCCGACUUCUACGUCGCAGUUCCUGAAAUGUUGCCCAAACUUUUGCCGUUGAAAAACAAACUGAGGAAACUGUUUCCAAAGAGCAAGAGAGGCUCCGUCGGCAACAACAUCCCUAAGAUGCUGCAGUUGUUUAGAACAGGUCAUGAGUACAUGGUGGAGAGUGAGUGUUACGUCAGGACACAGAUCGCCACGUUGGACAUGUCCAGAGGACAGAUCUUUGCAAACCUGCAGAAAAUCCUGGAGGAUGUUUGUUCUCACCGACCGGCAAACAUGGGUCCUUUCAUAGAGCGAGCGAUCGUGGCGAGUCACACCAGUGAAUCUCUGUGGUUCAAGAGUGAAGAUGUUUUACAAAAACCAGAGACCAAGACAGGAGGAGAAGUGAAGGUGGAGGAGGAGACAGAGGAGGAGUGAAGGAGGAGUGAAGGAGUAUGUUAGAGUUUGUGUAAAUAAAGUGUUUUCUUGUGACGUCUGACUUUUGUUGUUUGUAAUUUUUCUCUUAGAAUAAAGUUGUUUAUUAAUCAUCACAAACCA